AUGGUGGAACUCACGGAGGACAAGAAAAGCGAAUUUCUGCUCGCGACUUAUUGUCACGUAAACGUUUACGUGAUUCCCGUGUUCUUUCACAAUUUGUCGGGUUAUGACGCGCACUUCGUCGUCGAGAAAAUCACGAACGAUUUCGAGGGCGGGGUCGAUCUGCUGCCGCUCACGAAGGAAAGCUACAUAUCUUUCUCGAAGACCGUUAAGGAGACGCAGACGGACGGGAAAUGGGAUUGGUACGUGAAGCUUCGAUUCGUGGACUCGUAUAAAUUUUUAGAGGCGAGUAUCGAAACCCUGGCGUCCUAUCUGAACAGGGACAAGCUGAGAAUCACGCGUUUGGAGUACGCGGAUUUGAGCGCGGAGGAUCUCGAUCUGCUCACUCGCAAGGGUGUGUUUCCGUACGAGUACGUCGACGGCGCGGACAAACUGCGGGAUACCGAGCUUCCGUCGCGCGAGGCCUUUUACAGCUCCCUGACCGACGAGACCGCGAGCGAGAGCGACUACGAGCACGCGACGAGGGUCUGGCGACAUUUUCGCGUGCGAGAUCUUGGCGAGUACAGCGAUCUGUAUCUCAAGACCGACGUGCUUCUUCUGGCGGAUAUAUUUGAAAAUUUUCGGGACGCGUGUUCGGCGAGUUACGGGCUCGAUCCCGCGCAUUACUACACGUUGCCGGGGUACACGUGGGACGCCAUGCUGAGGUACACCGGCGUGCGUUUCGAGCUGCUCACCGACAUCGACAUGGUGCUGUUCGUGGAACGCGGAAUACGCGGCGGCCUCUGUCAAUGUUCGCUCAGAUACGCGCGAGCCAAUAACAGGCACGUACCGACGCACGACUCGUCCCAGCCCACUACGUAUCUCAUGUAUUACGACGUGAACAAUCUGUACGGCUGGGCUAUGAGCGAAUCGUUGCCCUACGCGAAUUUCCAGUGGCUCGACGAUCCUGAGAAUUUCGACGCGACGACCGUGCCGACGGACAGCGACGUCGGUUACAUUUUGGAGGUGGAUCUCGAGUACCCGCGAGACCUGCACGACGCCCACGCGGAUCUGCCGUUGUGCCCGACGCGCGACAAAUCGCCCGGCAAGCGACAGGAAAAAUUGCUCGCCACUCUCUACGACAAAUCGCGUUACGUGACGCACUAUCGAAACCUGCAGCAAUGUCUGCGACUAGGUAUGCGUUUGACGCGCGUUCGUCGCGUUCUACGAUUCGCCCAGUCGCCGUGGCUUCGCGUCUACAUCGAGCUGAACACCGCGCUUAGGACGCGCGCGAGCAACGAUUUCGAACAGAAUUUGUACAAACUGAUGAACAACGCCGUCUUUGGCAAGACUAUGAAGAACGUGCGCGAUCACGUGGACGUGCGUCUCGUGACGCGAUGGGACGGGAGAUACGGCGCGGAGGCGUUGAUCGCUAAGCCGAACUUUCACAGCAGGAGCGUCUUUUCGGAGAAUCUGGUGGUGAUCGAGCUGCGAAGGCUCGAGGUAAAAUUCAACAAGCCGAUCUACGUGGGUAUGUCUAUUCUCGAGAUAUCCAAGACGCGUCUCUACGAGUUUCACUACGACUACAUGGUGCCGCUCUAUCGCGACCGUUGUCGAAUUGCCUACACGGAUACGGACAAUCUGAUCUAUUCGCUGGAGUGCGAAGACGUGUACGAGCUUAUGAAACGCGACGUGCACAG